UCGAUCAAUUUUUUCAUUCUGGACUGGUUCUUGACCAUCAAGUGCAAAUAAGUGCAAUUGCCGUCCCCGAGCUUGCCGGGUGAAUCAGCAUCGCGAACUGUGAUUCUUAAGAUAUAUACAUACGAAGCUCUAUCAGCCUGUCCAUCUGGGCUUAUCUUGUUAAAGAGCAGUUUCAAACUUCACAAGGGACGUUAACAUGGAGAACAAGGAGAAAAAUCUAAUCGAAAUCGUUGAGGAAGAUCAUCCUAUUGACAUGAGCAAAUACAUAAAAUAUGUUCAAUCUCCUUCUUGUGGUGCUAUAGCAACUUUCUCUGGCACAACACGAGAUACAUUUCAAGGUAAAGAAGUACUAGAACUACGUUAUGAAGCAUAUGUACCAAUGGCAAUACGCUGUCUUGAAUCCAUCUGUUCAUCUGCUCGAUCAUCAUGGAGUUUGAACUCCAUCGCAGUGGCUCACCGGUUAGGCUCAGUUCCAGUUGGGGAAACGAGUGUCUUUGUUGCAAUAUCAUCUGUUCACCGGUCUGAUGCACUGGAUGCUUGUAAAUUCAUAAUCGAUGAGAUUAAGGCAUCGGUUCCUAUAUGGAAGAAGGAGGUUUAUACAAAUGGAGAAGUUUGGAAAGAGAAUUCGGAGUUUCUAGACAGACGAGUGGAACUUGCAGAGAAAGGUACUUUGCAGAUUUCAGGAGACCUCAGCAAACUUGAGGGGAAUGCUCAUAACAGAAAAGGUUGCUGUGGGGUAAAGGUAAGGGUCGAUGAUGGAAAUAUAACAUCUCACUGUUGAAGAUUAUUGCAGCGAUAUUGAUCUAACUUUUCGAGGUCAAAGGUUACUGAGUAAGUAACCAAGGGGGCAGUUGUAAGGCACAUAUUCAAUUUGCCUGCUAAAUUUCCAUUGUCUUUUUUAUGAAUUUACAGUAUCCUGAAUAAAGAUAUAAUCACUUUCAGUUUUC